UGCUGGGCGCCGGCGCAGGCUCCCGAGGCGGCCGCAGGAAGAUGACUCGCUUCGCUCUAACCGUUGUCCGGCAUGGAGAAACAAGACUUAACAAGGUGAAAAUACUUCAAGGACAAGGAGUAGAUGAACCUCUGUCAGAAACUGGAUUUAAACAAGCAGCUGCUACUGGUGUAUUUCUGAGAAACGUAAAAUUUACUCAUGCUUUCUCCAGUGACCUCACGAGAACAAAGCAGACCAUGUAUGGCAUUUUGGAGAAAAGCAAAUUUUGUAAAGAUCUGACAGUGAAGUAUGAUUUGAGACUUCGAGAAAGGAAAUACGGGGUUGCAGAAGGCAAGGCACUGAGUGAGCUGAGGGCCAUGGCCAAAGCAGCUGGAGAAGAGUGCCCUGCAUUCACACCACCCGGAGGAGAGACCUUAGACGAGGUGAAAAUGCGGGGGAAAGACUUUUUUGGAUUUCUUUGCCAGCUAAUUCUGAAAGAAGCAGGUCAAAAAGAGCAGUUUUCCCAGGGAGCUUCAAGCAACUGUUUGGAAACUUCUUUGGCAGAAGUAUUCACUCUAGGAAAAAAACGUGGCUCUGAAUUUAAUUCAGAGAGCGGUGCUCAAGGAUUAGUAGCCAGUGUCUUAGUUGUGAGUCACGGUGCCUACAUGAGAAGCCUGUUUGGUUACUUUCUGACUGACCUCAUGUGUUCCUUACCAGCAACUGUGAGCAAAUCCGAACUUGCAUCUGUCAGUCCCAAUACGGGGAUUAGUCUCUUUAUCAUAAACUUUGAGGAAGGAAGAGAAUUUAAACCAACAAUUCAGUGUAUUUGCAUGAACCUACAGGACCAUCUAAGUGCAGUGGCUGAAACUCACUAAGUUUAAACCUGCAACAAAAUCUAAGAAUUUUGAGCCUCUGAAGGGAGUCCCUUUGGCCUUAUUUACUUAUGUUCUAUGCUAGCGCUGAUUUGGAAACUGUUAAAAGCCAAUUGUAAAGUUCAAGUGGAAUCAAAGCCACGUAAAACUUUAAUGGAAAACCAUUUAGAAUUAUUUUGUCUGAGUACAGUUGGUGUUUUUCAGAGUAAUUUCCCACCGUACUCAGUUAUAGCUCUGGAUUAUACAUGGAUGACAGAACUCAGUAUUGCAAGUGGGGGAUUAAUAAGUUUGUUACUAUGCCUUUUCCCCCCUUUUUUAUGUUGAUCGUUUCCUUUAUUUUCUGAAAAGUCUAGCUUAUUUUAUUGAUGGUUGGUAAAAUUCUGUUCUUUCCGUCUCAUCCUGUAAGAUAUUAUAAUUUUAUUAUAAUUACCACUACAUAUUUAUGAUGACUAUGUGUUAUGUUAACUAAAAGUGAUUGCUGCCAUAAGUUAAUGUAAAGUAAAGUGGCACUGAAAUGCUUUACAUAUAAAUCAGCUGUUGGAAUUUGCUGUUCUGGAGGCCUUGAAAUAUGGAAAUGUGGAUGAAUGCAGAUAAUGUCUGGGGAAAGAAGUUAAAAUAUUACUUGAUUAAAAAACAUUAAAGAAGGAAUCUUUGAGCAGAAUAGAAAAGAGCAGUCUUUUAUCUAAGCAAUCCCUCCAAAGACAAGUCAGUGGAAACCAAGAAAGCCCAAAGGGGAAACAAAAGUUUGACUAAGAGAAUGAAGAGAAAUAUCCACUUUUUAUCUAACCUAUGGGCUAAAGAAUUUCCAAUUUGAAGAAGGCUUUAAAGAGUAAACAGUUAAUAGUACACUAUGCAGUAACCGAGGAGAGCGGUGCUCGGGCCGCGUCUGUGCUUGUUUUGUGGGAGGUGCAGAUGAAGCUGCCUCUUCCUUCCACUAGAUGGCACUGGAAGAGAGGGAUUUGGGUUAACUUAAUUUUAUAGGUAAGAUCCUUCCUUCAAAAAUUCUUACCUAGAUAAAGCAUUUUACAUGUAGUUGCUUUAAGUUACCGUGUUGAAGUUGUGUGAGUGCAGCUCCUAAGAGGAUUAAUGCUAAGGUGGCCAGUGAAGGCUGAAGUCGCAGAUAGUCACAAUAUAAAUCGUAUGUAAAGUUCAGUAUCGUGCUGUGUUCAGCCUGUCCAACACUGCCACUUUUCUACCAGUAUCGAAACACUGCAUGCAUUUGAGCACCAGGGACAUAUACUGUAAAAGACUUGAAAAAUAACUGCAAAGGACAAACAAUAAAUAUCCCACUGUAUGUUCCCACCAUACAGAGGGAAUCUUUCUUAUUUUUUUAAAAAAGAAACAAUAUUUAGAUAUAAGUAGAAUUCCUUUUAACCAGUCCUCACAGUCCUGUUCUUCUGCAGAGGUGACCAUGGCACUGAAUCUGUGUGUGGGGAGUGUGUGUAUACUCUUUACGUUUUCACCAGGUAUCUGUAAAGAAAUGGUAUUGUUUGGUCUUGUAAAAAUGCACAUAAAUAUCAAGCCAUGUGUAUUCUUUAUUUUUGCUUAUUAUGUCUGGGGCUCUGUUAAUAUGCAUAUAUCUAGUUAAUU